UUGUUCUUGAAGAAGAAGCCAAAGUAAUGAAAAUAUAAGAACCAAAGGUGUCCCCAUAACUCCAAAGUCGCUGGACUUGAAGCAAACGCCAUACAACACGUUGCUCUCUCUCUCUCUUCUCUUUUUGUUCCCUCAAUUUUCCCAGAAAACAAACCCUUGUUGCGGCGGUGAAACUCUCUCUUUCCCUCGAAAAAAGUACUCCGAUGUCCAAAACCUAGCUGUUCAACUCCGCCGCCGUCGCGGUUGUUGCCGAAGCCGACAUCUCCGUUUUCUUCUGUUUCAACGCUAUUAUGCCGACUUAUACAGCAAUAGCCUUUGAGAAUCUACUCGAACCUCGUGUUCGGAAAUCCUAUGGAAAGCAAGUGCUAAACGAGAGAAAUGAAGAAGAAAAAGUGGUGGAGGAUAUUGAGCCACCGCCGGCGCAGGCGAAUCAUAUAUUUAUAUCACCGGCGUUGUAUAUAACUCCUGAACCAGCUCCGAUUCCGGAGACUUCUUCUGGUUCGUUGUCUCCUUCUCCUUAUUUAGUCAACCACAAGCGACGUGGCGGUGGAGAAGCAUUUGCGAAUCGGAAACUUGAUGGAUUGGAGGAAGUUGAGCAAGUUAACGGAAAGACUGAUUUGGAUUUGGAUUUGAAUUUGAAUUUGGAAGAGGAGCUACCUGAGGAAAAUUUGUUUGAGGAAGAUGAGGGAUUUUUGGAUCCGAAAUGUGAUGCGUUAAGUGUUGGUAGUGUUAAUGAGGUGAAAGGGAUUGAUUGCCGGAGCUAUGUGUCUGCUCAAGGAGAGUUCUUUGAUGCAGAUGAAGAUUUCUCCGUGGAAGGAUCGUCUCUGAAUGGAUCUACAUGUGGACCUAAUAUUGAAUGGGAACUGCGCACCACAAAGCUCAAAUUCCUUGAGGAAAUCGAAAGAAGAAAAACCGCAGAAGAUGCUCUUAAUAUGAUGCGAUGCCAGUGGCAGAACAUCAGUACUGUUCUAUCUCAGGCAGGGCUAACACUUCCUUCUCCUUCAGAUGUCAUUGGUGAUAUGCAGCUUGAUAAUGCUUCAAUUGAGCAGCUCUAUCAGGAAGUAGUUGUCUCAAGAUUUGUUGCUGAAGCAAUUGGAAAAGGUCAAGCUCGUGCAGAAGCUGAACUAGCUGCAGAAUCAGUUCUUGAGUCAAAAAACCAGGAAAUUUCAAGGUUGAGAGACAGGCUCCGAUACUACGAGGCUGUAAAUCAUGAGAUGUCCCAGAGAAAUCAGGAAAUCAUUGCAUUGACAGGUUUCGUCGUAAUGGCUAGUAGUGUUGUGGCUUGUUUCAGCUUUAAUUUCCUGUGACUGAGAGAAUCUUAUAUCCCAUUCAAAAGAAGUACAUCUGGCACGAGUGUGUGCCUUGCAUUCACAUAAAACACUUGGCUGGCGUCUUUUUCAAUCAGCCAGGCACCUUUACUUAGGCGAAAUGCAUAUCCAAUUUCCCCUAGUUCAUGGACUAUGCUUUAUAAUAACUUGUGGUUGUAGAACACUUCUGAGCUAGCACAACCUUCAUUUAUUGUCAGAUGCCGCAUAUCUGUUCCAUUAGAUCCAUCAUUCAAUUAAGGUUCUGCAGCUUCUGAUAUGAGAAAGAUACUGUAACGUUUGGCGCCUACAUGUCAUACUCUGCCCUGAUUGAAGUUGAAUGGAGUGGGUUAUUGCUUUUGCUGCCGGCUUACUCAAUGUGUACAAAUAGUGACAUGGUGAUUUGCAGCAUUAAUGUAGUGGAAUAAUUUUAUCCAACUUUUUUGAACGAUCUAACCUUGUUGGUUGCCAGUUCUCAGUUUAAAGCCCUUUGGUCAGGAUUAGUAUCAGUUGAGAGUUGUAGCUUGGGAAAAACAUGAACUUUUAAUUUAUUGUUGGCUUAAAUACCCCUUGUCAGGAUUAGCUUUAGUUAGUUGGAAAACCGCCAUUUCAUUUAGUGUAGCUUUAAUAAUAACCUACUUGUUUCAAAUAUCUCCCGAUAGCUCCUACAUUUUGAAUGUAAGUAAUUUAUUGUUGGCUUAAA